GCAAAAAAGCAGGCUUUGCGGGAUGGGGCUUGCACAGUACCGGGUUUAAAGCGGGACGGCCUGUAACAACCGCGGGAAGGCCCAGAUGAAUCGCUAGACGCUUCAGUUGCUUUCGUCACCUGAAAACAAAACGAAAGAGAGAGUGGGACGAGAUGGAGCUUCGACGAGGCUGUGGGAAGAGAUGACGAUGAUGGUCGUGGGAAGAGAUGGAGCUCCGAUGAUGGCCGUGAGAAGAGAUGGAGCUCCGACGAUGGCCAUUCGAUGUCCGACAGGCGACAAUGCUUCUGGUGACCACAUCGUGUUCAAUCUGCAGCAGAGGAGCUUCUCUUCCUUUUCGUUCCACCAAAAGUGAUCAGAGCAAGUGUCCCUAAGCUGCUUCUUGAUUAUGUCUUCGCUGCUUCAUCAAGCCACCACCGGUGCUUCUCUGCUUCAUCAAGCCACCACCGGAGCUUCUCUGCUUCAUCAAGCCUCCACCGGAGCUUCUCUGAUGCAACGGAUCCAAGUCCAUAACCUCCUGAAGCAAAAAUAAACUGAGAGGAAAUCUGUUGAGAGGCUUGUCCCAUCUUCAUCAGCUUUUUCUUCGCUGAACAUGGCUGAGAAAGUACCGUCAUUUAAAACCGGUGGAACUCUUUGGUUUACUGAUCUCACCACUGCAUAUACUACAUAUAUCUUGCCACUUCUCACCGCCAUCACUUUCAUAAUUAUGGUGGAGUCGAACUUGCAGGAAGGUAUGGAAGGGAAUCCAGUAGCUGGAACUAUGAAGAAAUUCUCAAGAAUCAUUGCCUUUCUCUCUAUUCCAAUUCUGAUGGGCAUUGAAAAGGCAUUGUUCUGUUACUGGCUCACUUCCAACCUGUUUACUCUUGGGUAUGGAUUAGCACUAAGACGUCCUGAUGUGAGGAAGCUCUUGAAUCUCCCGGAUGCUGUCACCUCUUCUUCUACCGGGCAGCCAAAGCCGCCUUCGCCUAUUCCGUUUUCCUUUGAGCAGCCAAAAGACCAAAGUGUUAUUGGUCAUGAAGAUCCUCCUAUGGUGAACAAGGAGGCUUCAGGACCACAAGCUUCAUGUGUGGAGAAUGUUUAUGCUUGUUUGUCGUUUGAGAUUUUUUUUUCCUUGGCGUUUUAAAGUUUAAUUAUAUUUUUUCUAAAUUUUUAUUAAAAAUAUUAACAAAUUAUGAAAACCCUUACCACUCACGUAUCUUAGGAGUUAGGUCUCAGAUCGCGAGUUCUGAAUAAAUAUAGGAGCCGUCUAUUUCCAAAAAAUGUGCAAGCUCUGAUAUGCACUAGGAAUUGGAUCAAGGGAUACAAAUCUUAUGCAUAUAGCAAAUAACUCAUAUUAUUUAUUUAUUUUUAAAUUACCAUUAUCAUUUAUCCUAAGUAAAGGAAGUUUCUGAUAUUUGCAGAUGAAGAAAUCGAUGGUGAUGGUGAAAAAGAGAAAUUACCAUCAUUUGAGUCCAUCGUUAAUGGGGAAGAUGAAGAUGAUCAAAGUUUGAUUUGGUGUUUUGCUUUAUAUUGAUUUGGUGUUUUGCUUUAUUACAAUAUGAGAUUUCUUAUUUAAGUUGAUUGAUUUUAUUUUUAGUACUAUGAAUUGUUUUAUUACAAUGCGAGAUUUUUUGUGUUUUGCUUUAUUACAUUUGUGUUUUGGUUAAGAUAACAUGAAAGAGAUUUUGCUAUUAUCAAGUCAGCAACAAGACUAAGCUAUAUGUAGUUACAGCCUUGUCAACUAAUCUAUAUAUGCAUAUAACAAUGAUACAUAUCAGCUAAAAGACUAAUCUCCAUAGCUACACGUACACGUAUUGUUUCUUCA